CGGGGUGGGAGUGAGGGGCCUGCAGCGGGACUGGCCCUUUAAGGGGGUGUGGUCGGGGGGCGGGGAAGCGAGUGAGACAGAGAAAGCGGCUUCGGCGGCGGCGGCGGCUGCGGCGGCGGCGGCGGCUCGGGCGGCGGCCGCGGGGGACAAAGGGCGGGCGGAUCGGCGGGGAGGGGGCGGGGCGCGGCCAGGCCAGGCCCGGGGGCUCCGCAUGCUGCAGCUGCCCCCGGGCGCCCCCGCCGCCGCCCGCCGCGGAGCAGCGCGGAGCCCAGCCCGCGAGUUAACCCGAGCCAGCGGCCCGGAGCCAGCCGGCGGGCGUCCCGGAGGCGGCGGCGCAGGGAGGGGCCCGACGGCGCACGUGGCCCCGGCGGCCGCCAUGGCGGACAGCGGCCCCGCGGGGGGCGCGGCGUUGGCAGCCCCGGCCCCUGGGCCGGGCAGUGGUGGCCCAGGGCCCCGCGUCUACUUUCAGAGCCCCCCUGGGGCUGCAGGCGAGGGCCCAGGCGGCGCGGACGACGAGGGCCCAGUGAGGCGCCAAGGGAAGGUCACGGUCAAGUACGACCGCAAGGAGCUACGGAAGCGCCUCAACCUGGAGGAGUGGAUCUUGGAGCAGCUCACUCGCCUCUACGACUGCCAGGAAGAGGAAAUACCAGAGUUGGAGAUUGAUGUGGAUGAACUCCUGGACAUGGAAAGUGAUGAUACCCGGGCUGCCAGGGUCAAGGAGCUGCUGGUUGACUGUUACAAACCCACUGAGGCCUUCAUCUCUGGCCUGCUGGACAAGAUCCGGGGCAUGCAGAAGCUGAGCACACCCCAGAAGAAGUAAGGGUCCUCGACCCACAUGAAUGGUGGCUCCCACAGGACAAUCGCUGCCCCCCGACCUCGUAGCAACAGCAAUACCGGGGGGCCCUGCGGCCAGGCCUGGCGCCAUGAGCAGGGCUCCCCGUGCCCCUGGCCCAGGGGCCUCUUCCCUGCCCCCUCAGUUUUCCAUUUUGGGGUUUUUUAUUGUUAUUAAACUGAUGGGACUUUUUGUGUUUUUAUAUUGAUUCUGCGGCGCGGCCCUUUAAUAAAGCUAGGAUAUGCCUUUGGUGCA